GCGAAAGCGUUCCCGGACUUGACUACUCCGUUUGAGCUUCGAGCAUCUUUCACUAAAAGGCUCUCCGGUUGUUUCCACGUGGGGGACUUUAACACAUCGCUAAAGACCUGGACCUGAACCGAUCAGAAGAUGAAUAGUGAGGACGUGGAGCGGCUGUUGAUCCAGUUUCAGGACGAGAAUGGGGAGGUUCUUGGUUCCCCCUUUGAUGUUCCUCUGGACAUCACUCCAGAUAAACUACAGCUUGUCUGCAAUGCUCUGCUACAGAAGGAGGAGCCGGUUCCACUUGCAUUCUUUGUCCGUGGAGAGGCAGAGGUGGUGUCCAGUCUGGGGUUGUGUGUGAAGGCUCUUGGAGUUGAGACAGAACAGGUUCUGCCAGUGGUGUACCAGCCUCAAGCUGUGUUCAGGGUCCGAGCUGUGGCACGCUGUACCAGCACACUUCAGGGACACACAGAGGCGGUGAUCUCCACCGCCUUUAGCCCCACUGGCAAAUAUCUGGCCAGCGGUUCAGGUGACACCACAGUGCGUUUUUGGGACUUGAUGACGGAGACACCUCACCACACUGCCAGAGGACACACACAUUGGGUGCUGACCAUUGCCUGGUCACCUGAUGGCAAGAAACUGGCUUCAGGGUGCAAGAACAGCCAGAUCUGUCUGUGGGAUCCAGUGACGGGUACACAGAUGGGUAAGACUCUGACAGGACACAGCAAGUGGAUCACUUGGCUCAGCUGGGAACCUCUUCAUCUAAACGCAGAGUGUCGGCACUUGGCCAGCAGCUCUAAGGAUGGCUCCAUACGUAUAUGGGACACGGUGUUGGGACGCUGUGAGAAGAUCCUGACCGGUCACACACAGUCAGUCACAUGUGUGAAGUGGGGAGGAGACGGACUUCUCUACACGUCUUCACAGGACAGGACGGUCAAAGUGUGGAGAGCUAAAGACGGCGUCCAGUGCAGGACUCUGCAGGGACACGCCCACUGGGUGAAUACACUGGCUCUCAGCACAGACUACGUCCUGCGAACUGGAGCGUUUGAACCUGCAACUGCCACCAUCAACCCCCAAGACCUAACAGGAUCAUUGGACGAGCUGAAGGAGAGAGCUCUGGAGCGAUAUACUAAAGUCAGGGGUCAGGCUCCAGAGCGCCUCGUUUCCGGCUCGGAUGAUUUCACUUUGUUCCUGUGGAACCCUGCAGAAGACAAGAAGCCUCUGGCCAGGAUGACGGGCCACAGCGCUCUGGUCAAUGAGGUGCUCUUCUCCCCAGACACCAGGCUCCUCGCCUCCGCCUCGUUCGAUAAGUCCAUUAAAAUCUGGGACGGACGCACCGGAAAGUACCUGAUGUCCCUGCGUGGACAUGUGGGGUCCGUGUAUCAGGUGGCGUGGUCUGCAGACAGCAGGCUGCUGGUUAGCGGCAGCAGUGACAGCACACUUAAAGUUUGGGACGUCAAGACCGGAAAGUUAAACAUGGACCUGCCAGGCCACGCUGAUGAGGUUUUUGCAGUGGACUGGAGUCCUGAUGGACAAAGAGUGGCCAGUGGCGGGAAAGACAAAUGUCUUAGAAUAUGGAGAAGGUAACCUCACCUCACUCCUCCUCACUCUAACUUUGGCAAAGGAUUUCAAAUGUACCACUGCAGAGAAGCCUGACAGCUGGAGCAGAGGUGACUGGAUUGAACCUGACCCCAAGUUUGUCUCAAGUACACAUUGGUUCGAGGAACCCCAGUCUGGUCAUGAUGCAAAUGAACUCUCCAGGUUUGAAACCCAUGAGGAAAUAUUUACAAUGUAAGACAGCAAAGGUUUUUUUUGGGGGGAGUUUUGCCAGUCAAAGCUCCACUUUAAUGUUUAAGGCAGUGUUUGCAGCUUUCACAUUAAAAAAGGGUUUUACUCGUGUACAUUUUUGUACACAUCAAGCCCUGAUCUAAAAGUGUACACUUACUUUUCAACCUAUAUUCUAGUGUCAUCAAUUAUAAAUAUGCAGACACUGUAUGCAAUAACAAAUAUUUAGCUUCAAAUUCUGCAUACAUAAUAAUGUAUAAAGAAAUCAAACCAGCUGCUCAAGAGUAAACCAGCACAGGUUGUUUCCCUCAGCAGCAUGUGUGUCCUCGCCUAAAGCCUUACCAGAUGAAUGGUAGAGCGUAACUGACAGGUGCACUGGUGGGGCGACAGGUGGGAGCACUAAUACCUUUCCUCUGUGAUGUCAGUGUCGUCCGUGCUCGCCCUGCUCGCCCUGCUCCUUCAGCCUUUAAUCUCCUCUGUCCUGCGAUCAGCAAAAGCCUCAGCCUGCUGGUUUUUUUUUCCAGCUCUUCAGUGAAGCCAAAUGUCAAGCGCUCUGAACUCUGUGGUUCUUAUCGUGUUGAGGCAAAACCAGGUCCACCAGUCCUCUUAGAAUAACCAGUAUGUUUCGUAUAUGUAACUGGGUUUGUGAAUAUUUACUAUGAAUAAAUAUUUACAUAAAAAAAUGUAUCUAAAGUUGUCAUAAACCUUUGUUUAUCCAGUGGGUGUGGCUUAUUUUUAUUUUAUUUCAGGUGGAUUGUUGUAUAUGAAUGAAUGAAACCUUUAUUGCCUCUAGGGGAAUUUGCCUUAACACAGAGAGCAUUUAA